AUGCUUCGUCGUGUAAAGAAACUACGCAGUUUCUUCCAGCCCUUCUGUGAGGAGUAUGACUAUAAGGAGAUGUUGCUUAAUAAUCAAGAAUGGCGUCAAAUCGACUAUCUUCUACAAAUCACUCGGCCAUUCUUUAACUAUACAACAGAACUCUCGAAGACAAAGGAGGUUACGACACAUCUUAUCUUCAAGCUUUACAAUGCCCUUUUUAAUCACUUUUUCGAAGCAGAGGCACUACUCAAACGCAAACGUGUUCCAUGGAAGUCAGAUAUACUUAAAGCACUCACAGCCGGUCGCUUAAAGCUUGAUGAUGCUGGUGUCGAACGGCUCUUCAAUACUGCUCGGGAUGUUUAUCACUACCGCCGUGGUCGUCUGAGGUCCGAAACAAUCGAGGAGCUUAUGUUAUUUCUAUGUGCAACAAGAUUCAAUCUUAAGGAAGCUGAGGCAAAGCAGCUCCAGCAGUUCUUUUCAUUAGCUGAGCUCGAGUCAUUAAAGGAGGAACUUAAUGAUCAUACAGAGGAUGCUGAGCUUGAUUUAAUUAGUGACAAUGAGGAGGAGGAGGAGGAGGAGGGAAUAUAG